AUGUAUUUCACGCAGCAAUCACCAUGGCGCCAUCACAGCUCGCGACCAGCCACGGAAUCCGCCAUGUCCGACCACCGGAGACCACUUUUAAGACCUAAGCAACCAUCCUUAUCGACGGAGAAGAAUCCUAGACGUCAAAAGCACGCCGGAAAAGCGGCGCGACCGGAAGCUGCCGGAAUCCAUAUUUAUGCUUUUAUUUAUGUUAUGGAGAAUGGUGAAGGGUGUUAUGUUCGCAAAAUGAUAUCUACCCCUCCCUACAUUCGCCCGCCCGCCUGGCAUUACAACACUACUGUACAAAAAAACCAACGAACAAAGAAAUCGGAAAGCAAACUCCAUGAAUUCGAAUCCAACAAUCCACGACAAACCAAAAACAAGCAUAAAGAAGCAUUAUCACGGGCUCUGAACAAUACCGGGCUUCUUCGUGGGCUCGGGCCCACCUUUGCACCUCAUCUCGAGUACCUUCUUGUGCGAGUUCGAGUGAAGCGCCGGCACAAAUGUCGGGCUCGCCGCCGGUCGGUACUCUGGAAACAGCCGGCCCGACUUGUGGCGGACCCCACACGCGUUGCAAAGAGUCUUCGGGCCCAUUGGGCCCGAUCGCCACUGUGGCGUCUUUGUGAUCUCACAGUGCAUGCACUUCCGGAUCGGGACUUCCUUCGUGGGCCCGGUGGCAGCUGCCCUGAUUUUCUUCUUCUGCUGCUUCUGUUUGGGCUGGGAUGGGCCCAGGCCCAAUUCGACGAGCUGGAUUGUGGGCCUGGCGGCGAAGGUCACGGGCCGGGGGCGUUUGCUUCGGGCCUUCUGGGGCCCACGGCAAGGAUUUGGGCUGAGCGGCGGCUCGGUUUUCUCGACCGAGCAGGAAGAGGUGCUGCUUGUGGUGCUCUCGAGUACGGAGAUUGGGCUCGAAGUUUGGAAGUGUUUGUGAUUGGGCCCGUCGUUUGUUUCUGCAAACGGGGGCCCACUGUUUUUUCCGAUGGUUAG